AUGUGCGAUUCAAAUACAAACGCGACGACUCAAAGCAUUGCUGAUUAUUUAGCACAGUUAUUAAAAGAUAGAAAACAGUUAGCAGCUUUUCCAAAUGUUUUUUUACACGUGGAACGAUUAAUCGACGAAGAAAUCGCCAAAGUCCGAGCGAGUUUAUUUCAAAUAAAUGGCACGAAAAAGGAUCCUCUCAUACUGCCGGAGGGUGAAGGCCCACCUACGACGCUCACGGAAAAAGUAUUCGUUCCGGUAAAGGAUCAUCCAGAUUUUAAUUUCGUCGGUCGGAUUUUAGGACCAAGAGGAAUGACUGCAAAACAAUUAGAACAGGAAACGGGAUGUAAAAUAAUGAUUAGAGGGAAAGGAUCGAUGAGAGACAAAAAAAAGGAGGAAGCAAAUCGUGGUAAACAAAAUUGGGAGCAUUUAAACGAAGACUUACACGUGUUGCUAUCCGUGGAAGACACGGAAAACAGAGCGAAAGUCAAAUUGCAAAGAGCCGUGGAAGAAGUUAAAAAAUUACUCGUACCGGCCGACGGAGAGGACGAACUUAAAAAAAGGCAGCUCAUGGAACUUGCCAUAAUAAAUGGAACAUAUAGAGAUAGCAACGCAAAGGUGGCAGCUGUCGCAGCAUGCGACGAAGAAUGGAGAAGGUUAGCGGUGUCGGCGGCGGCAGAAACUCAACGAUUAUUAUCUCCUGCCAUGCCCGGUUUGGGCACUCCGCUUAGGUCGCCGGCGACGCCAUUGGGAGCCCCACUCAUAAUCUCGCCACGUCUCCCCGUUCCGACGACAGCGGCUUCUUUACUUAACGGAACCGGAACGGGUCCCCUUCUUUCUCCUGCCGAACAUCCCGGUCUCAUAUACACACCGUAUGCGGACUAUGCUAACUACGCAGCGUUAGCCACGUCGCCGCUACUCACUGAAUACGCAUCCGCCGAUCACACAGCUGCUGCAGCUGCCAAACAGCGCCGCCAUCUUGGUCAGAUCCGAGAGCAUCCGUAUCAAAGAGCCAAUGCUAUUUCUUAA